AUGGUAUACCUCGAGUACUUCAUCUACCUCCGAGUAGCUGUGGUCUGGACAGGACGUAAUCUUCCAAGCUAUCUCGGUCCUACUCCCACGCAGCUAGUCUUCCUGUUCAUAUUCCUGAUUGUAAACUCGCUCACUUUGUUCGCUCUUGCUAUCCUUCUGGCUCGUAAUAUCUGGUGCUUGGGUGGCAAUGUAACAACAAUUGAAGGAUGGGAGAUUGAACGACAUCAGACGCUCGUUCGCCGAGCUCGGGUCCUGGGAGGAUAUCUAGAUGGCCCAGACGGCAUGAGAAUCAAGAUUAGGAAACAGGAAUUCCCUUAUGAUAUUGGAAUACUUCAAAAUAUGAGGCAAGGAAUGGGCGGUACUCCUUUGCUUUGGCUAUGGCCGUUCACGGCAACACCAUCAAUCGAGUCUGGCCUGGACUUUGAGACCAAUGGCUUUGAAGAUCCCUCUAUGUCGUGGCCACCCCCAGACCCUGACCGGAUGCCAAGGCUUAGCAAUCGGCCACCUUACGAACAACCGUUUGUCUACGAUGAAGACUUGUCGACGACUCAAAACAACGUUGACGCAUUUCGUAGAAGACAAGAGGAAGACCUAAAGCGAUAUGACGGAGGAGCCACUACUUCAAUUCGGCGCCGACCUUUCCAUGAGCGCUACAGGAAUGGAGGCCAUGAUGAGGCGUCCUUUGCUUCCCAGGCAGUUGGAUCCGAUGAUUUGGCAGGCGGUGAAGAGGUUUGGCGAGAUUCAGAGGGAGACAGGUUGGAUGACUUCGGCGUUGACGAGGAUGCCGAGUUCCAUGACGAGGAUGACAUACCGUUGGCCGAGUUGCUCCGCAGACGACAUGAGCCUGCCCAUUAUAGUGACGGUAACUGA